AUGCCAUCUGGCAAGCUGGCGACGGAGUGUUUAAAGACGCACUCCUCAGUCGUCUUGGAACACAAAGGCAUCACUGCGGAGAAAGCUCUCCCAAAGAUCCUGCAACUUGUGGCCCUCAACAGGCUCCAAGACGCGUUCGAUGUCGCCAAGGACUGUAUUUGUCUCCAGCCAGCUGCCAGAAGCAAAACGCCGUUGGAGAGGCAGAUCUGGGAAAUGCUAGGAAAGGCAGCUUUGGACCAGAUGGACCUCGAAUCUGCCGAGAAAGCGUACCAGCAAAUUCCCAAGGCUGACAUGCUUCUCUGGCUGAACGCCAUUCGCCAGCGGAGCGAAGAGAAACUCGUUGCAGCUGGCAAUAUCUACAUACACAUGGACGAGUACGACAAGGCGGAAGAAGCGUUCUUGAAGUCGCAGCAGCCAACUCUGGCUCUCGAUCUUCUAGUUGAUUUGCAGAAGUGGGACAGGGCUUUGACUGUGGCUCAGACUUUAGAUCCGACGAGGCUCGCCCCACUCAACCUCCGCUAUGCCCAGGAUCUCGAGGCCGACGGCAAGUAUCAGAGAGCCUUGCGUCAUUAUGAACGAGCUCGGGAGAUUCUCAGCAAGCCCACGGAUCUCUCGGGAUCCGGACGGGAGUCGCCGAAGGCCUUGGGCGAGUCUCCAGACGAACGCGGGGCACCCGGCAAGGAAAUCCGCAGCAACGGGGACCACCCGUCUCGAACGUCGAACGUGUUAUCACCCGAGAGGAUUUGCCUGGCUGGGAUCGCAAGAUGUGCAAUACGGAUAGGUGAAAUCCAGCGCGGGAUGCAGAUGGCUGUCGACCUCGGCGACAAGGCAGUAUUAGAGGAAUCCGCCUCGCUCCUUGAACGUCUCAGACAGUUCGCGGAAGCGGCAAGCCUUCAUCAGAAGGCCGGAAAUAUAGACAAGGCUGCAGCCUUGUACAUUGAGGUGAAAACACCGAGGCACUUCGCUUGUGGGGAUGCCCACGAAUUCGUAGCAGCUGCGCCGUUGAUGACGCAGAUAGAGUCGCCGAAGAUCCAACUUCUGUUUGCAAAGGCGAAGGAGGAACAACGCUGCUUCCAGGAUGCAAUGGAAGCUUACGCACGGGCGAAACAUUAUCAAGCCGUGGUCCGAAUAAUGCUCCAGGAACUUGGACGAGAGCAAGAAGCGUUUGAGAUAGUCCGCACGACACGGUCGUCGGUGGCUGCUGACACCGCCGCCGAGUUUUGCAGGAAGAAAGGGUGCGUGAAGGAGGCUGUCGAGUUCCUUGUCGUUGCGGGGCGUGUCCAGGAGGCAGUGGCGCUGGCUGAAGAGCGGGACGAAAUGGAGCCCUUUGUCCAAUGUGUUGGAGACGGAAUGGGAGCCGACGUUCAGAAACGGAUUGCUGUAUACUACGAGAAGCAAAAUCUGCCUUUACAAGCGGCGCGGCAUUACGCUAAUUGCGGAAACGCAGAAAAAGCAUUGGAUCUGUACUUGCACGCAGACGUGCCCGCAUACGAUGCGGCCAUCGAUCUUGUGGGCCGAUUCAAGCAGGUGGGCCUUAUUCGAAGACUCCGCGACCUCCUGGAAGGCGUCUCAGACGGCGUUCCGAAAGAUCCAUCCUUUCUUCACAAACUCCAUGUGGCCCUGGGGGAUCAUGUGGAAGCGGCGAAGGGCGCAUGCAAAGUGGCUGCAAAAGAACAAGGCGAGGGGCACUACAAAGCGGCGCACGAUAUCCUGUUCCGGACGUGGAAGAACCUAGCGGAACAGCAGUUGCCUGUUCCCCAGCAGCUCGUAACCCGCUUUACGACGCUUCACUCGUAUAUUCUCGUCCGACGGUUGAUGCGAGCAGGCGACUUCCCCGUCGCCGCUUAUCUUCUCGAGCGGGUAUUACAAAACAUACACGAGUACGUUUUUGACUUCUACAACUGA